GGAGUCAGUCAGGCUGCGGACGUCGAGACAAGAUGGCGGCGAUAAUGGCGGCCGCGGGAGGAGUCGGGGCGACAGGCCUCGGGCCGGGCUUGGCGGGUGCUGCCGGGUCGUCGUCGUCGUCCUCUUCCUCCAGCGGUUGCCCGGCGGCCCUGGCGCCGCCUCCGCUGCCGCCGCCUCCCGGCGCGGUCCGCAUCGGCGACCGGCUCUACUCGGGGGUGCUGAUCACGCUGGAGAACUGCCUCUUGCCGGAGGACGCCCUGCGCUUCACGCCGUCCAUGGGCAGCGGCCUGGACGUCGAGACCGAGGCGCAGCUGCGAGUCACCGGCUGCGAGCUCAUCCAGGCCGCCGGCAUCCUGCUCCGACUACCUCAGGUGGCCAUGGCUACAGGUCAGGUGUUGUUCCAGCGUUUCUUUUAUACAAAAUCGUUUGUGAAGCAUUCCAUGGAGCACGUGUCGAUGGCCUGCGUUCACUUGGCAUCCAAAAUUGAAGAAGCACCAAGGCGUAUAAGGGAUGUAAUUAACGUAUUCCACAGGCUUCGCUAUCUGAGAGAGAAAAAGAAACCUGUACCUCUAAUACUGGAUCAAGAGUACGUGAACUUGAAGAACCAAAUCAUAAAAGCUGAGAGGAGAGUUCUGAAGGAAUUGGGGUUCUGUGUGCACGUGAAGCAUCCUCAUAAGAUAAUCGUUAUGUACCUUCAGGUAUUAGAAUGCGAACGUAACCAGCACCUGGUCCAGACCUCAUGGGUAGCCUCUGAGGGUAAGUGACUAAGACUUCUCCUCUGCUGCCCCAAGCGUCUUCAGUCAAACGCAAGCAGGCUGCACAGAGCGAAG